GGUUCCUCUGAGCGACAGCCUGAGCCUGGGCGCUGAUUAGUGUUAAUCAUCAGGGCACACGGCUGACACGCACACUGGACAGAGCUAUGUGAACUAUUCGCUUCCAAACACAGGAAUAUUUCAGCGGUUUGUUCAGCUCACUGGAGGAGAUGGGUAACUCAUAUGCAGGGCAGCUGCGCACCACACGUUUUGAAGAGGUUCUGCACUAUUCCAUCGAGGCAUCUCUGCGCUCCAACACUGUAGUACCCAGACCAGUGUUCUCUCAACUGUAUCUGGAACCAGAGCAGAGGCCCCUCUCUCAAGAAGGCCAAAUGGAAAAUGAGGAAGAUGAUGAUGAGGAUGGCUCAGAGUCUAACAGUCCUCCCAUUCCAUAUCAGAUGAAGCCUGCUCCAGAAGGCUCCUGCACCACUGAUGGAUUCUGUCAGGCAGGUAAAGACCUGCGACUGACCUCGAUGUCCACUGAAAAUCUGGAUGUGCCACCAGGAUUUCUGCUGGUCGGGGCCAAAUCUCCCAGUAUACCAGGCCACAUACUGGUGUGUGCGGUGGAUCGCCGCUUUCUCCCGGAUGAACGUGGACGUAAUGCACUUUUAGGCUUCUCAGGGAACUGUAUGGGCUGUGGUGAGAAAGGAUUCCGCUACUUCACUGAGUUCUCCAACCACAUCAACCUGAAGCUCACCACACAGCCCAAGAAACAGAAGCACUUAAAAUACCAUCUGCUCCGCAAUGCACAGGGUGUGCUGGUCAAGGGCCCACCCAUCUGCUGGAAAGGAAUAGGUUUGUAUCUGUGUAUAGAUAGCCGCGUAAGACAGACCUCCUCAAAUGUGUCCGGUGGUGUAGAGGAGCAGCCAUCUGGACCUGUAGCAAGCAACUCACUGCCUAAUUCAGGACAUGUGGGUUUAAGCACAGCCAACCUCACAGAUCUGAACACACAUCUCCAUGCAUCUGAAACUUCCCCUCCAAUGACCAAUGGCAGCCACAUUCCAGUAUCUCAGCAGCCUCUGCCCCAGCCUGUGGUGGCCAACGGCCCAGGAAGAUCCACAGGAUCUAUGGCAAACACAGGACCACCCAAAAAGAGACACAAGGGCUGGUCCCCAGAAUCCAUAGGACACACUGAAGCAAGUAGUAGACCUGUGGCCUCCAACACAGUCAACGGCACAAAAUCAGACACUGGGACUUCAGUGUCUAAAGGGUCUUCACCCUCCAUGCCCCCAGAGGAGUCUGUUGCAGUGCCUAAUAAUCUGCUCCAAACCUGUGGAUUGCAGCCAGUUAUCUUUAAAGGGCAUGGGGAUCUGCCACAUCUAUGUGGGAAUACAAGUGAAGUGUUGGUGAACGGGUGGCUGCAGGCAUGCUACCGAAGCUCCCAGAACCUCCCACGUAUUUAUGAGCAGUAUGGAGCCUCCUCCAUUCAGCCGCUCUCCACUGAGAUGCAGGUCCUGUUGACAGUCUACUAUCUGGUACAGCUGGGCCCAGACCAGAUACCCCUGAUGGAGGACCUGGAGCAGAUCCUCAUGCGCUCUUGGCGUGAGUCACACCUGACAGAAAUCCGUCAGUACCAGCAAAGUCAUGCCCAGUUUCCUGCCCCACUGCCUGGACUGGCACAGCCCCUAACCCCUUCUCAGCUCCCUUGGCUGGCCAAGCUGGCCACCAGCUCCUGCGGUGAUGCCGUUCUAGUGUUGGACACAUCACCCUCAUUGUCUGAGGCACUGACAGACACCUUCCGGAGGCUAAUAGAGGGCAAGCUUAGUCACACACAUUUUGUGGUGAUCAUUUGCAUGGGCAGGAGCCAAGAGACAGAGUCCUGCAUAGUGGUUACAGGGAAGCACCAGGCACGAGCACUUGCAGAGAGUAUGCUCUCCCCAAGUGAAUGUGUGAGAGAAAUCAGUCAGGAGCUUUCCUCUGGGAUGACUGCUGAAUUAGAUGCCUAUGUUAGCUCCCUAGGUCCAGAUGGAAAUGUGGAGAGUUUGCUGGAGAAAUUCAAUGCAGAGACUUACAGCCUUUCAGCUCAGGCACCUGGAAAGGAAUGCUCUGCAGAAGCCAUGUGUACAGAAUAUCAGGUAGAGUGGCAUGAGAUUCGGCCCAUUCAGCUAGCAGUGGCACGAAAGCUGUUGUCCCACGUGUGUGCAAUUGCUGACUCCAGCACACAUAACCUGGAUCUUGGAUCUUUUGACAAGGUGGAGUUCUUAAUCUGUGUGCCUCCUUCUGAGGUGACCUUCCAGCAAGUGGUCCUGCAUCUGUGGAACUCAGGGGUCCUUCAAGAAUUAGGCAUGGACCAGGACUGUUUGUCCCCAAAGGAUGCUGAGCAGUAUGUGGUAAAAUUAGAUCAGUCUGCUGCAGCUAAGAUCAACGGUCUCAUUCAGAAAUCAAAGUUGAACCCAUAUACCCUCUUCAUACUGGUGCAUGACCAUGCACACUGGGACGUGAGCAGUGAAAAGUGUGGGAGGAUGGGUGGCUUGUCCAGCUCAGGACUGGUCGACAGUCUGCUGAACUGCAGGCAUAUUCAAGAGGCACCCAAUGUCCUGAUUCUCCAUGUGACCUCAUUCCCCUUUGCCCUGCAGACUCAAUACACACGCAUCAGCCCCUACAAUGAAAUCCACUGGCCAUCAGCAUUCAACAAUGAUGUGGAUCUGUACCAUGAGAAAACAAAAUACUUUGGCGUGUCCGAGCUGCUGGAAUCCACACGAUCAGGGAGCGGCCUGCCUCUGCUGCGCUUUGACAGUUCAUUUGAGAGCAUGGUCACUGCCCUGGAAGAGAGGUUUCCAAAAUUGCACAGCUCCGUAAUCCGCACCCAGGUGCUUCUCCAGCACUAUUCCGUGGCUCUGUUAGCUGCUGCCAGAGGCCAGGUCCAGCUGCAGAAACACACCUCUGUAGAAACGCUGGAGAUAGUGCAGUGUCUGCUGGGCUCGACGCGACGCUGCCCCAGCCACCAUGGGUACAUGCUCCUGCUGCGUAUACCUUUCCCAUGUCUGGCAGCACUGGCACAUCAGCGCCUGUGUCACAUACGCGACCGCCUGGGCCUCCACAAGCACUUUGAAAUUGUGCUGGGAGACCCCACAUCAGGGAUCAUUGUAGGCAAGCACUUCCUGAGCCAGCUGAGGGUGUGGCUGAAGAUCCAGGACCCAGACUGGACACCUCGCACAUACCUAGAUUUAGAGGCUUUGCCCUGCAUCCUCAUUUUUACUGGUAUGGAUCCAAUGGGGGAGUCAUUGCCAAGAUCUCUGAAGUACUGUGAUGAGCGUGUAAUAAGCUGCUGCGCUCUGCAACGCACAGCUCUGGAGCAGGAACUUGGUCUGGCGGCAUACUUGGUGCGAGUGGAGGAGCAGAGGCAGCAUGGUCCGCGUGUGUCCAGUGACCUGUCUGAGAGCGAUCCUGAUAAACUCAGCAGCACCGACAACGAGGAGGAAGAGACUGUAGUGGAUGUGAGUAGUGCUCUACCUGGCCAGGAUCACUCCCAGCAAACCCAGGAUGAAUUCUCUCCUAACAAACCAAGUCGAUCUUCAAAAUCCACUUCCCCUGACUCCUUGUCAUCUUCACAGACCUCUCCACAGCGCUACUGCUGCUCCUGGGCACGUAACAGAAAUAGGCCGCCUGUGGUCCUCCUCCCCAAAGCUUUGUAUGAUCUGAUCACCAGUGUGGAUGCCAGUGGCUUGCCCAAGCCCAUGUCCUUCCUCCCACACCCAUGUGUAGAGUGGGCCAGCUCUUUCAGGCCCCUCCUCAGCAAGAUGAUGACAUGUACAGAGCAGUCUUUGUACUACAGGCAGUGGACUGUGCCCAAACCUCAGCAUAUGGAUAGCAGCAAUUGGGCUGAGGGACGCACUGACAACUUUCACCCUCGCAGACUGCUCCUCAGUGGACCACCCCAAGUUGGAAAGACUGGUGCAUAUCUGCAGUUCCUGGGCAUUCUCUCUCGAAUGCUGAUCAGGCUCAUGGAGGUGGACAUCUUUGAUGAAGAGGACAUCAACUGCAAUUGCCAGUCUGAGUUGGUGAAGUAUCAUCAGUCCAUUGCAUCAUGGCCCAAUGCUGACACCUUGAGAGGAAUGCCUUUUGACUUUACCAUCCAUGACCCCAAAUACGAGGACAUCAGUAGCAUCUACUCCCCUGACUUUACUCCAAAUGUAGAGCGAAACCCCCGACGUCAGGAGGACUUGUACCUUCGUCGUCGUACAGCCCGGAUAAAACUCUCCAAAUAUGCAGCAUAUAAUACUUACCAUCACUGUGAGCAGUGCCAUCAGUACAUGGGAUUCAACCCUCGAUACCAGCUGUGUGAGUCUACCCUGCAUGCCUUCACCUUCUCUCAUCUGUUACUUGGGGAGGAGAUACAGCUCUAUUUCAUUAUCCCCAAAUCCAAAGAGCAUCACUUCUCCUUCAGCCAACCAGGAGGCCAGCUUGAGAGCAUGAGACUGCCCCUUACCUCUGAUUGGAAUCCUGAUUGUAUAAAGAGUCCUAUAUUUACACCCACCACGGGUCGCCAUGAGCACGGCCUGUUUAACCUGUAUCAUGCCAUGGACGGAGCCUCCCACCUGCACAUCCUGGUCAUCAAAGAAUACGAGAUGGCUGUCUAUAAGAAAUACUGGCCCAAUCACAUCAUGUUGGUCCUGCCCACCAUCUUCAACGGUGCUGGAAUAGGAGCAGCACAUUUUCUAAUUAAAGAGUUGUCCUAUCAUAAUCUGGAGCUGGAGCGCAGUCGGAGAGUAGAGCAUGGCAGUCGUCCUCAGGAUGUCUGGCCCUUUAUCAUCCUGGCAGACGACUCCUGUGUCAUGUGGAACAGUGUUGACGCUGACCCCAAGAGUGGUACUGCUGGAGCAGAGAGGAAUGUGUCACUGAAGCAGGUGCUUCAGCACAUGGAAUCGUCUCCUGAUAUCACUCAGUACGGCCUGUGUGGUCUGAGGAAGUGGUCAAGCCGUGGAGCUGGCCCUGGACAAAGGAGAGAGCCCUUCUCACGAGGACACCUACAUGACUUCCUGCUCCUCAACGUGGACCUCACUCAGAAUGUGCAGUACAAUCAAAACCGAUUUACAUGUGACGAUGUAGACUUCAACCUUCGCGUCCACAGCGCUGGCCUUCUAAUUUGCCGCUUUAACAACUUUAGUGUGAUGAAGAAGCAGAUUGCCAUUGGAGGAUAUCGUACAUUCAUCAUCAAGACCAAGAUGACUGAUGUACCAACCACAGUGCAGCCAUCUCAGUACAUCUGUGCUCCAGAUAGCAAGCACCUGUUCCUGGCUACUCCAGGUCAGCUUCUGCUGGAGAAAUACCUCCAACACACAAGUCAGCGACUUUUCCCCCUGAGCACUGGCAAUUAUAGCCAUCCGGUUCUUUCAGUCGACUGCUAUCUCAACCUGGGCCCCGAGGUAACAGUGUGUUUUGUCAGUUCAAGACCACACUCCGUCAACAUCAGCACAACAGGUUUGCUCUUCAGUGGCCUCCUGCUCUACUUCUGUGACUCUUUUGUCACACCAGGCUUCCUCAAGAAGUUCCAGUUUCUGAAAGGUGCGACUCUGUGCGUAAUCUGCCCAAACCGCAGUGCUCUCCGUCAGACAGUGGUGCGGCUUGAGCUGGAGGAUGAGUGGCGGUUCCGGCUGAGCGACGAGUUUCAAACUGCCAAUGCCAAAGAGGAUCAGCCACUCUUCUUUCUCACAGGGACACACAUCUGACUCAGUAACUCUGGCCUUACUUUUAUGUACAUAGAUGUGUGUAUAUAAUUAAUUAGAUAUGUACUGUACUCUUGCACUGGUGUUACUGUUUUGUUUGUGUGGUCUUUCUCUUCUCUCUGUUCUCUUGCAUAAAAAUGAAAUGUGAUUUUUAACAGUCUUCAGUUUUUUAUAUAUAUAUAUAUAUAUAUAUAUAUAUAUAUUUCAUAUAUAUAUAUGAAAAAUUAUAUUUAUUACCAUAACUGUUGUAUGACCACAAAUUCUGUCUUGAUUUUUAUAGUGCUUUUUUAUUAUUGACAUAAUUCGUGCAUAGAGAAUUGUACAACCCUUUGAAUGUUUUUGCAAAGGAUAUUUAGUAGAGGGCGAAUAUUUUUGUAUAUAUUUAUUUAGCCUGUUCUCUGCUCUUGCUUGCUUUAUUAGAAGAUGUCUGAGGAGAUUGUGUCAUUGUACAGUUUUAGUACCUCACUGCUUCAUCUGGUUUGAUUUUGUGCUAUUUGUACAGUUGUGUGCUAUUUGUUCAGUUUUGUGCUAUUUGUCCCUUUGAUGGACAUUUAUUGCUAUUUGUUCAGUUCUGGCAGGUUAACAGUAGAGGGCACUAUAAUGCUAUCAAUUGAUAUCAAAUAUCAGUCUAGUUCAUCACAAGGUCAUUUUGUAUAAAGAAAUGACUUUAUUAAAAAUGUCUAUAACAAUAACCUGUGAAGAACUCAUCCACAAAAGAACAGAAUGUGUAGUUUCUCACUUUGUUCUUGAUUAAUAUAUUAAUGAUAUAAAUCACCAAGCACCUGCAAAAUCUCUCAAAUACCAUAUUUAGGAGCAUAUGUUCUGUGCAUUGGCCUACUUACUCAAAAAAUUGUAGUUUUACUCAAUGAAAUGAUAUAGAAUUCAGCAGUUUAGAAGGUGGUCACUGAUACAGUUGUGGUAGCAAAUUCUAAUAAAGAGUAAGUGAUGAAUAAUAAAUCACUAAUACAACUAUCGAAAAAAAAACAACAAAAACCUAAGAUCUGAUGUUAUUUCAUCAUGAGUUCUGUAAAUCCCAGCUGACAUGCUCAAUAUCUUUGUACAUCAUGAAUGAGAGCAUUUACUUCUUCCAUGUAGCAGAGAAAUGAUACGCACAACACAGGCCAAACAUUUGGAAGCAACUUCAAAAUAUAGCAGACAGUACCAUAUUAAUUCCCAUAAACCUCCCAUAGAUGUAUACAGCAAUAAUUUGAUUAACAACUAUAACUAUACGCUCAACUCUAGAGUGAGAGUACAUCACUGCAGAAUAUUUAUUCAAAACAUUGGGUUAAACUAGGUAUCUAAACAUGAAUUUCAUUGACUUCAUUGUAAAAUAUUUUGAAACAUUAAAAAUCAAUUCAGUUUUAUUUAUAUAGUGCUUUUAACAAUGGACAUGGUCAAAAGCAGCUUUACAGAAAUCUGCAUACAAAUUUAAAAAAAAAAAAUGUAUCCUUUAUGAACAAGCCAGAGGCAACAGUGACAAGGAAAAACUUUGUGAGACGACAAGAGGAAGAAACCUUGAGAGGAACCAGACUCAAAAGGCAAUCCAUCCUCAUCUGACACCAGACAGUGCGAUUAUAAAUAGUUUCUCUUCUAUAACUGUAUACUGUAUAGUAAAAAAGUGUUAACUGUUUUAACAGGAACUUGAAUAUGAGCAUCAUUAAAGUUUUAAUGACGUCUAUAAUACCAAACUGAAGUUAUUUACUGUUCAGUGAUGGACAUUUGAGUGUAAACUGUUCUUAGCAAACACAUUUUGCAUCACCUUUUUUUUUUGGCAAGUAGUGUAUAAGUGUAUGUUGAAACAGC